UACCUGAAUGAUAUCCUAUAUACAGGGUGUAACCAGGACGCUAGCAAAAAUUUAUAGCGGUAUCAUUAUACUACCAUAACACAAUCUAAUGCCAAUAACCAUUUGCCUUAUCUUGUGGUUUUAGUCUUGUAAUAUUUUUCAAGCCCGUAUUGUAUAGCGUGCAAAGCUCGAGUCAAUGCCCCCACCUACGACGCAGCAUUAACUUCGAGUGCCCUAUUUACCGAACGUUCGUUAACAUCUAGCGUCAGUCUUCUGGAAUGAUGCGCAAACGUACAGACAGACAGACAAAAAUUUAAAAUACUGUUGUGUGCUCUUAUUAUCGAUAUAAAGAUAAUAAAGUUUCAUCCGAUUACAAUUUGCAUAAUAAUUACAUAUUUAAUGUACAGAAAGCGUCCAGUUACAGUUUUAUUAUACCUAAGUAUAGAUUAGUAGGUCAACAGUGAAAACAAUAUAAUUAGUUCGCACUGGAACAUACUUACGUCAUAUUACUGAAAGAUUUAAAAAUAAUUAAGUACUGUAUCUCAGUUUCUUGCGUGCUCAGUAGUAGGAAGAAAUUUAGUAAGAAAAAGUCUCAAAAAACUAUAAAAAUACUUAUGUUCGUUUUAAGAGCUUGUCAUGGUUGGACAGCCUCCAAAGUUUGCAGCAAUAUGUGGUGGUACUUACUUCUUUUAACGUUUUGUACCAAAACAAUUGGUGUAUUCGGUUUGAAUGCCAGUGCGAUUAUUUCUGGUGAAGCAUGCCCGUUGAAUACAUACCAGUGUGCGAACGGGAAGUGUAUAUUGACGGCCUUGGUGUGUGACGGAGAGGACAAUUGCGGUGACAGCUCCGAUGAAAACAUUGAAGCCUGCAAGGCUAUUCCUAGAUGCACCCCAUCUGAAUUUCGAUGCAAUAGUGGCCAGUGCAUACCGAAGACGUGGAGUUGCGACAACGAGAAGGACUGUUCCGACGGAUCUGUUGAAGAACCGAGCAUUUGCGUAAUGGAGAUUUGCGGUUCCAAUCAAUUUACAUGUGCCACGAUAAGGGAAUGCAUACCUCAAACAUGGGUGUGCGAUGGCCACAUAGAUUGCUCUGAUGGCUCCGAUGAACAGGCGUGCAAUGACUCAUGCCAUUCAGAUGAGUUCACGUGCGGAAACGGCAAGUGCAUAGCGAUAAGAUUUGUCUGUGAUGAUGAUGACGAUUGUGGUGACGGUAGCGACGAAGUAAAGUGUCCACCCGAAAUAUGCCAACCGCCCAGUCGCUUCAGAUGCGCCGACGAUAAUUGUGUGUUGACACAAUGGACGUGCGAUGGAGAUAUCGAUUGCCCCGAUGGAAGUGACGAAUGGAAUUGUCCUCCCAUACCGAAAAGGAUAUCAACAUGCAAUGCUUCAGAAUUCGAGUGCAAGGAUCGUGAAACAUGCUUACCUAGAAGAUGGGUGUGCGAUGGUAACCGUGAUUGUCCAGAUGGUUCUGACGAAUCUCCAGGGUUUUGCCCCAGAUCCCAGAUCGUUUGUAGACUAGACCAGUUUGUAUGCGAAAGUCAGGAUUGUAUCCCAGGAGUGCUCUAUUGUGAUGGAAACGAAGACUGUCCUGAUGGUAGCGACGAAGUCAACUGCGUGCGACCCAAACCUGUGUGCGAUGCGAGAGAAUUCGAUUGCGGUGGAGCAACAUGCAUACCGAUGUCCAAAGUAUGUGAUAACAACCCAGACUGCCCAAACUUAGAAGACGAACCUAUUAACCGAUGCGGGAUAAACGAGUGUGCUCAAAACAACGGUGGAUGUACACAGAAAUGCGUUGAUACGCCUGUUGGGUACUACUGUGAUUGUGAAAAUGGAUACAAGCUCAUCAAUAACACAUUUUGCGAAGACAUUGACGAAUGUUUAGUUCCUGGAGCGUGUUCCCAAAUAUGUAUAAAUAAAAAUGGCACUUUCAAAUGCGAGUGCCAUUCUGGCUACACCAGGAUCCCUACCGAUAUAACCCGCUGUAAGGCGACCGAAGGCCAUCCCUCCCUUCUGAUUGCUACAAUGUCAGACAUCGUAAAGAUCAGUCUUAGCCAUCUGAAAAUUGUAACUAUAGUGAAAGACACAGAAUUUGCUGUAGCGCUCGAUUACCAUUUCAAAACAGGUAUGGUUUUCUGGAGUCAUUUCGUAAGACGUAAAAUUUACAAGUCGCCAAUCGAUGAUGGAGGCCAACAGCCAGUUGCGAUAGGAGAUAUGCGAGUCAAAACAGAAGGACUGGCAGUAGACUGGAUCUAUAACCGUCUCUAUUGGACGGAUGCCGACAAAAAACAUAUCGAACUCUCCGACCUGCAGGGUGGUAUGAGGAAGAUCAUAAUUGGAGACAAGCUUGAUGAGCCACGAGCAAUCGCUGUCAAUCCACUCGAUGGCUGGAUGUACUGGACUGACGUUGGUAAAGAACCAAAGAUUGAGCGCGCCGGUAUGGACGGUUCCCAUCGACAAACCAUAGUAUCCAACGACGUGGUGUGGCCCAACGGUCUCACACUAGACUUUGUUCACAACAGACUCUACUGGGUGGAUGCACAAUUACAUACAAUCUCAUCCUGCAACUACGACGGGUCAGCACGGCGUGUCAUCCUCUUCUCCACAAACUUUUUGAGACAACCUUUCUCCAUAACCACUUUCGAGGAUUGGAUUUAUUGGACUGAUUGGGAGACACAUGUUGUGUAUCGUGCCAACAAGUUUAACGGCAAUCGACUGCAAGCAAUUGCACAAUGGUAUCAAUUUCAACACGUGACGGUUAUUCAAACGCACCAUUCAUAUCGACAACCCGAUGGUGUCAACUACUGCAGCCACGUCCACUGUUCACAUUGGUGCUUGCCCGCGCCACAGAUAAAUCCAAACUCGCCAAAAAUUUCCUGUUCUUGCCCCAGCGGCUUACAACUCAUGCCUGACAACCAAACGUGCGCCGAAGACGGUGUAAAAACUUACAAGGAUUUGAGCAACUCAAGUAGUGCCGACGAAAGCGGAACUACAGGUAAGACAAAUUCGGACAUCUCAAGUAGUACCGACGACAGUGGAACUACAUAAUAAGACAAAUUCGAACAUCUCAAGUAGUACCGACGACAGUGGAACUACAUAAUAAGACAGAUUCGGACAUCUCAAGUAGUACCGACGACAGUGGAACUACAUAAAAAGACAAAUUCGAACAUCUCAAGUAGUACCAACGACAGUGGAACUACAUAAUAAGACAAAAUCGGACAUCUCAAGUAGUACUAACGACAGUGGAACUACAUAAAAAGACAGAUUCGGACAUCUCAAGUAGUACCAACGACAGUGGAACUACAUAAUAAGACAAAUUCGAACAUCUCAAGUAGUACCGACGACAGUGGAACUACAUAAUAAGACAAAUUCGGACAUCUCAAGUAGUACACACGACAGUGGAACUACAUAAUAAGACAAAUUCGGACAUCUCAAGUAGUAACGACGACAGUGGAACUACACAAUAAGACAAAUUCGGACAUCUCAAGUAGUACCGACGACAGUGGAACUACAUAAUAAGACAAAUUCGAACAUCUCAAGUAGUACCAACGACAGUGGAACUACAUAAUAAGACAAAAUCGGACAUCUCAAGUAGUACCAACAUCACCCUCGAAAAAAUCGAGGCAAGAACCGGAAACUCAAGCAGUCAGGGAGU